CGCUGCUUGCUGUUACCGCCAUUUUUGUGAAGGAUUCAAGACGUACUGGUGAAGUUCUCUUUCCGAAUUGCAUAAUCACUUUGAUUUCAAUUCCGAUUGCUUUGUUUUUGUUUGAUUUCAUUGCUAUAAUCGAAUGAUUUGAAUCGGUAUAUUGUUUCUUCAUCGAAGGAAGUUAACGAGGGGAUACGUACUAGGGUUAAGUUUUCGAUAUAGAAAGUUUCAGUUGGUAUGGUAUACAGCGAUAGGAAUCAGGAGAGAUUAUGCUUUUUGCAUAAUUGCAUUCUUGUUGAUAUACUUGGAAUACAUGAUUCUUUUUGGGUCUAGAUUUAAUCGUUUUCGAAAACGAUCUGAAAUAAGAACAAAAUUCUCAUCGUUGCAAACAAGAGAUUCACAUGAUUUGAUUCCACACUUGCUCUUGAAGCAAACAAUACGUGGACUUCAUGAUCUAAGAUCCAUAGUACUUUACAAUAUUAAGUUUAAUUAGCAAAGCUAUUUUGGAUUUCCCAAAGCACUAACCUAGGAUUCCUGUGAUUUGCUUCCUCUUGAGAAACGCCAAUGUAUUUGUUUUUUAGAAUCAUAACAAAAAUAUGUGUUUAUGGAAGGAUGUGUUCUUUUUUUACCUUAUCGAUACUGAACAAAUAGCUCCUAGUUUUGUCAGAUAGUUUUUCCCAGUCUUUACUUAAGGCUUGGAUUGCUAUUAGCUUAUAGCCACAAAUGAAAUCAAAUUGAUCUCUCUCCCUCUCUCUCUCUCUCUCUCUCUCUCUCUCUCUCUCCAUUUCUCCCCAUGGACGCCCUAACUUCUGCUGUUAUUGAAGGUGCCAAAUCAAUCUUUAAGUUAAGUCUUUCAGGAAUCAAGACCAUUUCCAAAUAUGAAGAAAACAUCUGUGAACUCCAGGAAGAGAUUUCAUACCUCAGGAACAAAAAGAUUUUGAUUGAAGAAGAGGUCUCCAUAGCCAUAAUGGAUGGAAAAACUCCAAAACAGCAAGUAACAGAAUGGUUAAGGAAGGUUUCUCGAGCUGAAGAUGCUGUAAGGCCACUGUUACAGAUGCUACAGACGCCUGAUCAACAUAUUGAUGGCAGGAGCUUCAAGAUGCUGCAACAAUACCAGCAGUCACGGAGAGUAGCAAACAAACUCGAGCAUGUGAAAGAGCUCAAUUCUACUUAUUUUGAAACCGUUGCCCCUGAAAAAAGCUCUCCAAUAAAAGCUAUGGAGGAAAUGCAAGUCUCAUCUCUUUUUGGGCAGCAGGCAGCUUCAGAUAUGAUGAAGCUUCUUGAAAUCUUGAACAGUGAUGAUAACAAAAGGAUUGGUGUGUGGGGGAAAGGUGGCAUAGGGAAGACAACUUCUGUCAAGAACUUGAUCAAUCACUUGUGCAAUUCCUCUCCAAAUUCUUUUAAUAUCGUGAUCUGGGUUCAAGUCUCGAGGGACUUGAAUUUGAGCAUGAUUCAGACUCAGAUUGCCGAGAGACUUCAUUUAAAAGUGGAAGCAGGAGACACCACUCACAGUUUAGCCAACAGAAUUCUUCGAAGACUGAAGAUGAGGGUGGAAGCUACCAGACGGAAGAUCCUUUUAGUCCUUGAUGAUGUCUGGGAAAAGAUCGACUUAGAUGCUGUGGGUAUUCCUUCAAGGGAUUCCUGCUGUAAAAUCCUUUUAACCACUCGAUCUUUCGAUGUCUGUAGGGACAUGUCUGUUGAUGCUCCUUUUCAGUUAAAUCUCAUGAGUGAAGAUGAUGCUUGGAAUCUUUUCGUUCAAAGUGCUGGAUCUGUACUUUAUCUAGAUGGGAUACAAUCUCCUGCAAGGAAGAUCGUGGCAAGCUGUCGUGGACUCCCAUUGGCUAUAAAGACUCUUGGAAAAUCCCUGAGGGACACACCACAGACUGCCAUCUGGCGAAACACGUAUCUUAGGUGGCGAUGCUCAUCACCUUUGUUCAAGAACAUUGAAAAAGAAGUCUUUAGGCCUUUAGCACUGAGUUACCAUUCUUUACCAAGUAAGAUUCUCCAACAAUGCUUUCUGUUUUGCUCUUUAUAUCCAGCAAGCUUCUCGAUAGAUGUUGUUGAAUUAAUCCAAUGUUGGGUGUCCGAUGGGUUAAUCCAUGAGAAUCAAACUGUUGAAGAAGCAUUUAAUUAUGGGGUUGCUUUGAUUGAACACCUCAAGGAUUCUUGCUUACUUGAUCAAGAUGGAGGACAAGGAACUGUGAAGAUGCAUGAUGUUUUUCGUGAUUUGGCCAUACUUUUAUCUCAGAAUGAAGAAUUGUUUGGGUUUCAUUGUCAAUCAAGUCUUCCAUUUAACCAGAUGCCAAAAGAAUCUUCCAGAAGGGUAUCUUUAAUCGGUUGCAAAAUCUAUAGGUUGCAAGAGUAUCCUGUAUAUUCCAAUCUCACUGUUUUGUUUCUCCAAGGUAACCCUAUAAAGAUCAUCCCAGAUGACUACUUUCUCAAUCUCAAGUCUCUAAGGGUACUGAAUUUAAGCAAAACCGAAAUUACAUCUUUGCCCUCGUCUUUUCUUUGCUUGGUCGAAUUACGUUCUCUUUAUCUCAGAGGCUGUUUUUCUUUAACGAAACUACCUUCUCUUGAACCUCUUUGUAAACUCAUUGUUCUUGACCUUUCUAGCACUCCAAUAAGAGAGCUUCCAGAAGGUUUAGGAAGUUUAUGUCGUUUGAGAGAAUUAAACCUCUCGUACACUCGUUUGUUGAAGAAAAUUGCUUCCGGAAGCAUUUCAGGGUUAUCAAGUCUUGAGACUCUAGACAUGUCUUUCAGUGCUUAUAACUGGAACCCUAAAAUGAGUUCGUGUCAUCAAAAUGCAACAUUUGAUGAGUUGCUAUCGUUGGACCGCCUUUCGGUUUUAAAAAUAAGGCUUGACUCGGUUGACUCGCUCGCAUCUGCAUCUUCUUGGAUCAAGAAAUUAAGAAAGUUUGAUAUUCAAAUCAGUCCAAACGACUCGAAUUUUGAUGCUCAAUCCAAUGAAAAAAGAUUGGUUCUCAGAGGAGUUGAUCUCCUUCAAGAACACCUUCAAAGUCUUCUACACAACACGACUUCCCUCAGCUUGUUAACAUGUGAAGGCAUGGCCCAAAGACACUGGCUUAGCUUAUCAUCGCUGAUGUCACUCACUAUAUCCAAUUGUAGUGGUAUAAGAAUUUUGAUAAGUCAAGAAAAAAGUUCGCAUGCAAUGUUCCCAAAUCUACAACACUUGGUUCUCGAUCAUUUGAAAAAUUUGGAAACUAUUGUUGAAGGGAUACUCUCGAGAGGGAUUUGCCUUAGCAAUUUGAAGACAAUUCAAGUUCUUGAUUGCCCGAAGCUAAAAGGAACCAUUUCUUAUGCAAUGCUUAGACAUGUUAAAAAGCUUGAGGAAAUUAAGGUGAGUGGUUGUGAGAAUAUGUGUAGGGUUAUUGAAUCAGGGGGACAAAAGAAGAAAAAUCUUCCGGUUUUGAGGGUGAUUGAGGUAAAGAACAUGGUGAAAUUAAGGACAAUAUGUGAUGGGAUGUGGGUUUGUCCAGUGUUGCAGCAGAUUGAAGUUUCUCAUUGCUUUGAGUUGAAGAAGCUUCCUAUUUCAGUUGGGGAUUCGUGUAGUUUGAAAGAGAUUAGAGGUGAUGUUAAGUGGUGGAAUAAUUUGAUAUGGGAGAAUCAUGAUGAUAAGAGCUUCUUUCUGAAACACUUUCAAGCCUACUCUAGGGAGGACUGCUUAAAAAGACAAAAAUACAAGUAAGAACAUCAUGUUUUGUGGAUAAACUGUCGUAUACAUAAGCUCUGUAUUUUUUUUUGGUAGAAUGAAUACACCGUCCGAGUGAGAGUAAA